AUGAAAGUAUCAAAAAAGAACCGGCAAUUUCAUAAAAAAAAUGAAAAGGACAAUUCAGAAACAAGUAAUGAAGUUAAAGUGUUCAAUGUAAAAAUCACAGCACGUACUCUUAAGGCUCAAAAGUAUAGAGAAGUGAAAAAUAUUGAAAAAGUUUUAAAAAGAGAAAGUAAAGGAAAAUUUCCUGGCAAAGCACCCAUUGAUCCAAAAACCCUAGAGCGUUACUCAAGAGGUGAAGGUUUUGAAGGAAAAGGAGUGGUCCAUCCACUUCAUGCUUUGAAACUACAAAAAAAAGAAAAGAAGUUCAAUUAUGCUCAAGAGCAAGCUGCCAGAUCAGAAAUACUUCAUACAGAAGGUCAAGGGUUAAUUGAAGUUGGCGACGGGGAGAAAACCACAACCGUUUCUCAGAAGGUUAUAGCAGAAAAUGUGGAUAUUGCUGCUGCUACAAAAAUUUUUGAACUAAAUCUUGAGUUCGGACCAUAUAGAGCGAAAUAUUCACGCAAUGGAAGACAUUUAUUGCUUGGAAGUAAAAAGGGCCACUUGGCUGCUUUUGAUUGGGUUACAAAAAAAUUGCAUUUUGAAAUCAAUGUCAUGGAGUCAAUUCAUGACAUCAGUUGGCUCCAUGUUGAAACAAUGGUGGCUGCAGCACAAAAGGAAUGGUUAUAUAUUUACGAUAAUACAGGGACUGAGCUACAUUGCGUAAAGAAAAUCGAUAAAAUUUUGCGUCUAGAAUAUCUACCAUAUCACUUUCUGCUUGCUGCUGUAAAUGAAUAUGGAUUUAUGACAUGGUUGGAUAUAUCUAUUGGCGAAAUUGUCGGGCAUUAUAAUAAUCGCAUGGGAAGAACAUCUGUUAUGACACAUAACCCGUACAAUGCAACUAUAUGCCUAGGUAGCUCUAAAGGAGUUGUUUCUUUAUGGUCUCCUAAUGUAAAGCAACCAUUAGCAAAGAUACUCUGCCAUAAAACACCAUUGACUGCAAUUGCUGUUGACAAUAGAGGGAUGUACAUGGCUACUUCAGGUGUAGACCGGAGUAUGAAAAUUUGGGACAUAAGAAAUCUUGAUGGCCCCAUACAACACUACAAACUUAGAACUGCUCCGAUUGAUUUGGACUUUUCACAAAAAGACAUGAUUGCUGUUGGGCUUGGAGAAGUUGUUGAAAUAUAUGAUAAUUGCUGCUCACAAACACCUAGCAGACCAUAUUUAAGGCACAGAAUGGCAAAAUCAAUAAACAAUUUCAAAUUCUGCCCAUACGAAGAUGUACUAGGAGUUGGAACUAGUGCUGGUUUCACAAGCAUUAUUGUACCAGGAAGUGGUGAGCCUAACUUUGACGCUUUAGAAAGCAAUCCCUUCCAAACAAAGAAACAAAGAAAGGAAGCAGAAGUAAAGGCUCUUCUUGAGAAGAUACCUGCUGAACUAAUAACCUUGGAUCCGUUUGAUGUUAUGGCAGUUGAUGUGCCUUCACUUCAAGAACAAAUGGAAGCCAGGAAGAAAUUAUUGCAUCUUAAGCCAAAGAAUAUUGAUUUCACGCCAAGACACAAGAAUAAAGGCAAAUCAAAUAUAGCAAGAAAGAAAAUUAUCAAAAGCGCGACUAGAAAGGAGUUCAUAGAUCAAGCAAUAGAAGCCCAAAAAAUGUUGGAUGUCCCUGAAAGAAAGCCUAUGGUACAGAAGCAAGCCUUUGGGGUUUUGGAAAGAUUUAUCCCAAAAACGAGACUAAAAAAA